AUGUCGUCUUUAAAGAGAUCGUCAAAAGUUGGUCAACGGAUUCAUCGUGAACGACCUCAGCCUGAAUCGAGGAAACAUUUGGGCUUCCUAGAAAAGAAAAAGGAUUAUGUUCAGCGGGCUCGGGAUUAUAAUAAGAAAAAACAUAAAUUGCAAAGGUUAAAGCAAAGAGCGCUGUCACGAAAUCCAGAUGAAUUUCAUUUCCAUAUGAUACGCAGUCAUAUUGGAGAAGAUGGAGUUCAUUAUGAAAAUAUGGCUGAAGUUCGGGAAGAAGAUACUUUGUUGCAAAAGAAAAUGGAUGUAGGAGAUUUAAAAUAUGUGAAGCAUCGAUUUAAUAUUGAGAAUCAAAAGAUCGAAAAGCUGAAGGCAGUUUUACAUUUCGCAGAUAUUGCUGUAGCAAAAAAUACGCAUACAAUAUUUGUUGAUACAGAACAAGAAGCAAAGAAAUUCGAUCCAGUUCAGUAUUUUGAUACACCUGAAGAACUGUUGGAUCGUCGGUAUAAUCGACCGCAUAUUUCGACUCUUCAGAGCACAAGCGUUGUAAAUGCUAAAAGGAAGAGUGAUGUCAAGGAAGUAGAUUACGAGCGGAGGAAAAUGUAUGACGAGCUGCUGAAAAGAAUGAAACGUGCUAAAGAAUUAAAAGUAGUUAUUGAGAAGUUGGAAGUUAAAAAGAAUAGAGCAGAAAAUAAAGGAAAGGAAUUGAAACCAAAACAGGCUCGUUUUACUAUAGCAAAGGGUAAACCUAUGAGAGCGGAAGUGCUGAAAUGGGUUUAUGAACGGAAAAAAUAA